UGUGGUUUGGGUUCCGGCCUGCUAGCAGAGGAAAUGGUGCCACCUUUAAAGGGCCCCUCACAUUGCCUCCACCCUAACACCUCAAACGGUGUUUGGGACUCACAGGGCUGGUAUAUCUGGGGCAGCAACUCUGGGAGCCUCUGAGAGGAAGCCAGGCCCUGUUUCUUGAAAGAGGAGGAGUGACUGUGGAAAUAGAGGCCUGAGCAGGAGUGUGCACUCCGAAGCCCUCACCACGCGGAGGAAGCAGCUGCCUGGACCAGAGGGGCACAGGCAGCCUCCGGGGCAUCCCCGCCGCCACAGAUACCCAUCAGGUUCCCCUUGGCCUCAACUCCCAGACUCCUCGUGACAACCGAGGGGUAAGGGACAAAUGGGUGCAUUUCAUGGAUGAAGGAGCCAUGAGCACAGAGGACCCCAGCCUACACAGCUCCCCAACCUCCAAUCCCUUCUCCUUCCUCACAACUCCGGUCACUUCCGGGACCCCAGCAGAAGUAGCCAACCCCUACCCCUUCCCGGUGCUCAUCGCCCUGGCCUGCAUCUUCCUGCUGCUGGCCACGUGUCUGCUGUUCAUGACUCUCUGCAAGCCGGCCGCAUUGGACCCGACCCGCCGCAGGGCUCGCGAGUGCAUGCCCCACCAUCCCGGGAGUCCCAGUGAGCCCCGGCUCCGCCUCUGGAAGCGCCUGGGCUCCCUGCGCCGCUCCCUGCACAGCUUCCGCAGGGGCCGGCCACAAGCUCCUCAACGCCCCCUGCCGGACCACGAUGACAGCCUUCGCAGCUGUGACUGCACGGAAUCCACCAAGAUGUGACCAGUGUCCUCGCGCACACACACCCAGCACCCAAGUCCACUUGCAGAUACUCCUGUCACCCACGGAGCCUGGCACCACAGGCUGCAGGAGGACAGCCUCUGAAGCAGCCCAGAUCACACCCCCACCUCCCUCCCACCCAUGGUUCUGUGCCCUUUCCUAGAGAUGGCCCCCCGCGGAAGAAUGCCUUCCUCUCUGCAGACCCCCUAGCUGCUGCUUGCUCACAGAACCCUGGAUCAAGACAUGAACAGCCAUCUGAGCCCUUGGCCUGAUGCUCGACAACCUGGUGAUCCUCAGGGUCCCUUUCUGGCAACCAGGCACCAAUCACUUCCUGGAAACAGCAACUCUGCUGCUCCCUAGCAGAAGUCUUGCCUGCCCUCCUGGUGCUAAAGCCUGGCUCAGAGGAGUUGCCAAAUAGCCAAAGGCCCCCCUACCCUUGGGGCAGGGUACUGUCUUACAUCCAUGCCAACUCUGCCCAAGGCAAAUGGGAGCCCGGGCAUUCCUCUCCUUGGGUGUCCCGGGCCCUGCACGCUUUGGCCUGGUAAUCCACAGGGGCUGCCAGCACUCUCAGAUGCCUGCUGGGAAGAGAGUGAGCAGGACACGCUCAACACCGUCUGUCGAAUCACGGUCUUGGCAGCUCUCGGGAGGGACUUCAGUACACUCAGGAUCAAUCAGGAAAGGGCUGAGGGUGGCUAGGAGGCUCCUUUUGAAGACCAGGACUGGUGCCCUGUUAGAGUGGCAGGAGGCCGGGCAAUGCCAGGUGGAGGUGAUGCCACCUGGGCUCUGAGGGGGACACAUCAUACAGCUCCUGCUUCCCCCAGAGAAGGAGAUGGCCACCCCUCAAGGGAUGGUCCAGAUCUCUCUAGGACAGCCUGUGGGACCUCAGGCCUGGACCACAGUAGGUAUGCUGUCUGUGCUGUUGGUCACUCCUUCAUUGACCCGUCAAAGCAAUCUCAUCUCAGACAGCCUUCUCUUCUCCUAAGGCCAAGGGAGACUGGGCUAAGGUUGGGGUUAUCCAGUUGUUCAUAGGGAGGCAAUAAAGGUUUGAGAGCUGGAAGUGGCAAAA